AUGGCGACUCCCGCGCCGCUCCUCCGCCCCGCCUUCCGCCCCGCCUUCCGCCCCGUCCUCCGCCCCGCCCUUCGCCCCGCCCUUCGCCCCGCCCUCCAAGCGCCUCGCCUUGCAUCCAACACACGGCACUUCCUCCCCAACAUCUUCUCGCCCCUCGCCUCGACCUCGGAAAUCCAGACCCUCCGCGCCUCGCGCACCCUGCCCUACCCCAGCGCGCCCAUCUACUCCAUCAUCGCCGACGUGCCCUCGUACGCCUCUUUCCUGCCCUACUGCCAGCGCUCCACCAUCACCCAUUGGUCCGCCCCCGACGCUGUGACGGGCCGCCGCUGGCCAAGCAUUGGCAUCUUGACGAGCGGCUUCGGGAACCUGACCGAGAGCUUCACGUCGCGCAUCUACUGCGUGCCGGGCAAGGUCGUCGAGAGCGUCGGGGGGGACACGUCCACCUCGCUGUCCGCAGACCAGAUAGCCCACCACCUAGACGACGCGGGCCGGGCCGCCGAAGCGCGCGUCAAGACCGAGGGCAGCGAGGGCCUGCUGACCCACUUGCGGAGUCAAUGGACGGUCGAGGCGCUGGGCGAGAGCGAGACGCGCAUCGAGAUUGCGCUCGAGUUUGCCUUUGCGAACCCCCUGUACGCGGCGCUGAGCGGCGGUGCUGCCCCCAAGGUGGCCGAGGCGAUGGUGAAGGCGUUUGAGGAGAGGGUGAGGGUGUUGUUGAGGGAGAACCCAGACAUGGCCACGGCAAAGCUGGAGGAGCUGGACGGGAGUCGACUGAAGAAGUGA